UCAGUCUCAAAUGAAAUUUACUGAUUUGUUUACAAAUAAAAGUAUUGAAAUGGUUUGUUUUGUUUGCACAGAAAAUGCUAAUCAAACUUUAGCAAUAUUUCGAGAUGGGGAAAUUAAUUCCAAAAUUGCUGUAAUUAUUGAAAAACAUCUACGUCUAAAACCACAGCUAAUUGAGAAGCAGGAGGAAGCUUUGGAGAUAUGCAAUCAAUGUUGGGAAAAACUACGUGACUUUAAUGAGUUCUUUGAAUAUGUGGCAAAAGUUCACAAAGAACAAACGGAAUAUUUACCGGGACAAUUGGAAAAUAUUCAUCGCCCGUAUCCUUCAGCAAUUGUUCCGCCAAAUAUUUUGCUGGAUGAAAUACAUAUAUUGGAACCGCAUAUAAAAACAGAAACAUUGCAGGAAAAUUUAGAUGAUAAUGCGGAAUUGCAUUUUUUUGAAACUAACGGUGUUUCUACAGAAAAUCCACUUUUAGAAGUGACUUCAGAAUAUGAUAAUGAUGGAAUGGAAGAAGAAUUCAUUAACAUAGAUACCAAAAACAAGAAUGAAAAACAGAAAAAUACUAAACCAAGAAGAUCUAAAAGGUUAUCCAAAAGGUCUAAAACAACUGAAGUAAACGCUGUUGAUGAAUACAAUGAACAGUCAUUAGCUUCCCUACUAGAUAAUAUUAAACGUACGUACUAUGCAAACAACGAAUUAACGGAAAGCCCGGAAAAGAAAACUUUACUAUCUCGUUAUCUUUUAGCAAUCGUUCCUACAAAUAUUUCGCUGGAUGAGAAACAUAUAUUGGAACCGUAUGUAAAAACAGAAACAUUGGAGGAAACUUUAGAUGAUAAUGUGGAAUUGCAUUUUUUUGAACCUGACGAUGUUACUACCGAAAAUCCACUUUUAGAACUGACUCCAGAAGAUAAUAAUAGCAGAAUGGAAGAAUUCAUUAACAUAGGGACGAUAAACAAGAAUGAAAAACAGGAAAAUAAUAAAACAAGUAGAUCUGAAGAUAGUUUUGAAUCGUACGAUGCAAACAACGAAUUAAAGGAAGGUCCGGUAAAGAAAAAGAAGACAAAAAGAACUUCACUAUCCCGUACGGAAGCCAAGCGUACAAUAAAAGCUGAUAAUAAAACCAAUGAACCAAAACAUAAAAAAGGUCAUGUGCUAUUAGAGGAAAAUUAUGAUUUCAUCAAAAAACACAUAAAAAUGUUUUGUCAAAUGUGUUUCUAUAUUGGUGAAGAUUAUACAAAUUUAACAAAACAUUAUAAAGAGAAACAUGCUGAUGUUAAACCUUUCAUAAGAUGCUGCGAACGUAAAUUGGAUUGUCCGUCAGAUAUUUUACAACAUGCUUACUUCCAUGAAGACCCGGAACAUUUUAAGUGUCAAAUAUGUGGUAAAACGUUUAUAAAUAACUGUGGACUUAAAGAUCAUAUUAUGAAUCAUCACGAACCAGAAGAAAAUCUACCCUUUGGCUGUGAUGAAUGUCCGCGCAGAUUUUCAAGAAGAAAAGUAUUGGAACGUCAUAAAGCUAAACAUAUACCCAAAGCGGAAAGAUCACACUUUUGCGAGAUAUGUCAACCGCCGAAAGCAUUUGCUAGUGAUUACAUUUUACAGAUACACAUCAAAUCUCGUCAUACAAAUGCCUCCAAUAUUUGUCAUGUAUGCGCUAAAAAAAUACUUGAUAAAAAAACUUUUGAAAAACAUGUGCGUUCACAUUUUGUGACAAGCGGUUCGCGUAUUAAAUGCCCGCGAAAAGGUUGCGGAAGUUGGCUUAAGGAUAAACAUAAUUUGCAACUACAUUUAAGAAGUCUUCACAAACCAGCGAAAUUCGAGUGCCCCGAAUGUGGGCGUAUAUGUAAAAAUAAACAUUCUUUAACAUGUCAUUUAAGAAAUACACAUUCCAACCAAAUCUUUACGUGUGAUGAGUGUCAAAAGAACUUUAAAAGUGCUAUGUCGUUAAAGGAACAUAUGGCCAGUCACACGGGCGUACCUCUGUACAGUUGUCCAUUUUGUACCAAAACUUUCAAUUUCAGGGCAAAUAUGUAUACACAUAGGAAGAAAGUACAUCCUUUAGAAUAUCAUUUAGUUCACAAAUCCAAAAUAGAUUUUAUGUCCAAUUUUUCCAUUUGAAUAAAGGGGAAAAUUCUAUAAAUCGACUUUUGAGUAAUCCAUUGCUGAAAAAAGGUAACAAAUGAUAAAAUCUAUACAGGAUGCACUAAGGGACCUUUUGUUACUUUUUCGUUCUUCAACUGGUUCUUUCUCAGUUUUAUAUAAUGUAUAUUGAUCCUAGAAACAUAAAACUAAGCAUUCAGGGACUUGAGUAAAUGAAAAUCGCAAAUUGAGUAUUUUCUGACACUUUUUCGUUUUUUAACUGGUACUUUUUGAAUAUUAUAGGAACCUAAAAACUAAAUUGGUUGUAUAAAUAUUUGAUGGGAGGAAUUUCUGGUUGAAAAUUAAACAUGUUGAUUUAAUGAAAAUCUAUAAAAAGGGACUUUGUAUUACAUUUUUAAUCUUCAACUUGAGACUAACUGCCUUAUUCAUAAACAUUUAUCAAAGGUUUAUAGAACAAAUUUUGUAUGAAAAUUUGAUUUAUAAACCUUUGAUAAAAGUUUAUGAAUAAGACCCUAAAUCAUAAUUUUCUGUAAUAUUGAUUUGAACCGAGGACCUUCAGUUCCCUCCCAGAGAUCUCAAAAAUUCCGUUAUUUUUUAGCAUAUCGCGGGAAAAAUAAUUAACAUUUUUGUUAGUGUGCGUCUGGUCCACAAAACGUAUUAUAAGAAAUAUAUACAUAUUUCAAAUAAUUCUGAAAUACCAAACCAAAUACGAAACUAUUUUUUAAAUAUUUUUCUGUAUACGUUAAAAAUUACGACAAUUUUGACAGCCACAUACAUAUUUCCAUAAAAAACGAAAAUAAUAUGACUCUUAACCCACUAAAAAUCAAAAAAAUCCACAAAAAUUUUGCAAAAAAACAAAGAUAUUUUAUUUUUCAAAAAUUAUACUGAGGUCAGGA